UCCGGGGCCGGGGACGGAUGUACCGGUCUCUGUUGGAAACAAGGCCUAGGUGUGAGGCUGGAGGCAGGUGGGGGCUCGGCGCGACCCCCCUGACCCGGAAGUGUCCCCUCCCGAUCUGGAAUUGCGGAGGGGCUGCUAGGCGGGGCGAGCAGGCCGGGAUGGGGCGCCGGAAGUCAAAGCGUAAGCCGCCGCCCAAGAAAAAGAUGACAGGCACGUUGGAGACACAGUUCACCUGCCCCUUCUGCAACCAUGAGAAGUCCUGUGAUGUCAAGAUGGACCGGGCUAGGAACACGGGCGUCAUCUCCUGCACCGUGUGCUUGGAAGAGUUUCAGACACCCAUAACGUAUCUCUCGGAGCCGGUGGAUGUGUACAGCGACUGGAUCGAUGCCUGCGAAGCUGCUAAUCAAUAGGACCAGUGGAGGGGGCAGGGAGAAGCUCCUCUCUGCCCACAACAGUAUUUCCUCCGUGGCAGAGGCAGCACAGGCCCCUGCCCAAGGGUGGGCUAGGAAAGCCAAGGGCCUUUUUAUAGCAGUUUUUAUGUUAUGUGGCUGUUCCAGAACUGUGGGGUGUAGCGUUGGGGCGCUGCUGGGGGCUGGGAGCAGUUUAGACACUGUUGUGGUAGUUAAAGGAGGGGAGGGGGGGUCGUGCUAUGCUCGGCCUGGGCGGGGGUAGGGGGUGUAUGGCCCCACAGCUGUGGCAUUGGCACCUGGGCAGCCAGGCUAGAGCUGGGCUUCUGGAGACUCCUGGGUUCUUUUCCCCAGGCACGAUGCAGCGAAUAAACUCCCUUCUUGCUCUGUCUUGA